UAGUGUGGCGAGAUUAAGGGAGAGCUGAACCGAGGGUGGAGAGGCAGCGGGGCUACCAUCCUCUAUUUUUUCCUUCCGCCCUGUGGAAGCACUCAACCACAACACACUCAUCAUCCUUUUUCCUCCUUUCCAUUCUGUCACUGCACUCGUUCUCUCACUUUUUAUCCAUCUAACUGUCCAUCUUACUUGAUGAAUAGGUCAGUGGAACCUACGCCCCGCAGACCUGUAUAGACUUUUUAGUGAACAUCAGUGAAUUCAAUUAUUCAGGCUGUAGAGCUGCCAACAGAGAUCAUCCUACUCAGGCAAUGCAGUAGUAUAUCUGAAUACAAUACUUGACCUGCCCCCCAGCCCAGAGUCUGGCUCAGUCCCACCAGGUCCUAUAAGCAAUAAGGGCCAGGGGAUUCAUCUCUUUCUAGACUUUCACUUCUCUACCUUGUGUCUUCAUGGUUUGGGGGUCCUCCGGUGCCCCCGCCCUCUGUCGACCCCCCCGCACCCGCUGCCACCACGGCCGGCCACCCCAGUCGCCUUGUUGCCAUGCCGACAGAGACACUGGCUCCAGCCCUUCCAGAUAGCAAGGCAGCUGGCCCCGCGACGCCCUUCACUUCCACUGUGCCCCUCCGCAUCCUCAAUAAGGGUCCUGACUACUUCAGGAGACAGGUGGAACCUAACCCAAAGCGCCUUAGUGCUGUUGAGAGACUAGAAGCUGACAAGGCCAAGUAUGUCAAGAGCCAGGAAGUUAUCAACGCCAAGCAGGAGCCAGUCAAACCACCAAUGCUGGCCAAGCCUCCCAUCGGUCACACCCUCCUGUCCAAGAGAGGCUCUGGGAUUGGUGGAGGAGGAAAUGGAGGUGGGAUACCUUUCAAAGCAUCCAAUAACAACGCCAAGUCAGACACAUGUGCAACAAGCAGCGGCAGCAGCAAACGGGAGAAUUUAAACCUGGAGAUCCUGAAAAAUCUGCUUAACUCAUCGUCCUCUUCAGGAGCAGGAUCUGAAGGGCUAGGAGGUGGAGCUAAGAGUGCGGUGAUGAUGAGGUCAUCAGGGGGAAUGGCCAGGAGUUGGACACCUUCAGGGAUGCCAUUAACUUACCGAUCUACAAUGACGCUUAAUGAGCAACCACCAGACUCAGCUCCUAGUCCAAGCACCUCACAUUCCCUCCGAUCCUUCUCCCAUUCCCUGAAGGUCCCUCCAGUCAACAUUGGGGGGCGUCGCAGUCCACUCCAGGGAGGAAACCUAAACCUUAGUAGACGAGUCCUGGACGAGAGGGGAGGUGAAGGAGGAGUUAUCGAUCGCUCUCGUUCCCCACUACCACCUCUGCUCACCUCCCAUUCCUCCUCUGACCUCCUGCGACUGUGCAAUGGCAAGCCACUCCGCAUGGCCCGAUCCAGCAGCUCCUCAGCUCCACCCCUCCCUCCAAAACCCAACCCUGCCUCCCUCCCUCCUCCCGCACUUUCCUUGUCAUUGCCUCCCCCUCAUCCAACUCCAUCCCCCUCGCCCUGUGACAACAAUACCCCUCAGUCGCUACCUUGUGAUAUCGGAGACCCUUACAAUACUUCAACAGAUCCCACCCUGGAGCUUGAGCUUGGUUCAUCCGUGGCUCGUCGCUCCUCGCUACACAGAUCUAAAUCAGACCUGUCAGACCGGUACGCCCGUGCUGGAGCUGAUGUGGAACGUUUUUUUAACUAUUGCGGCAUCGACCCAGAGGAGCUGGAAGCAGUCGGUCCAGAGAACUUUGCACGGGCUAACUCAGAUAUCGUCAGCCUUAACUUUCGAUCAGCCUCUAUGAUCUCCUCUGACUGUGACCAGUCUAGGCAAUCCUCAAACGAUGGACUAUCAGAUGCGGAUGAGGGCGAGGAGGAGGAGGAGGAGGCAGGGGAGCGUGUUCCAUAUGGUAUCUCUGCUGUUGAGCGAAAUGCAAGAGUCAUUAAGUGGCUGUACAGCAUCAGACAGGCGAGAGAGACGCAAAAAGUCUCACAUGUUUAGGACAAGCAGUAAAAUGGAUUGGAUGUACUGUAAACUACAGACAAACUGCCCCAUGUUUCAGAAUUGAUAGAUGGACCAACAUUACUUAUAGGUUUAGAGACUGUGAUCUUGUGGCUGAAUUGAAAAUUUGUCAAAAUGUAUAGAUGGAUGAACGAAUGGAGGGAAGAGAAAGUCUAACACAAACUAGGUAAGAAAACAGACAAUGUUUUGUUUAGAUGAAUGAAGAGUGAGGAAAAGGACUCCAAUCCUCCCUGAAUUAGAACAACAUGAACACUAAAAACAGAAAGGAAUUAAACUUGGACAGUCAUAUGAACAAAAUCUAGUCCAGUCUAGUGUGGAGAGACAAACACAGGACAUGUUUAAAAAACGACAGAUGUCUGUCAAUUUGCUUGAGCAACAAGAGCGAAAUGUACUACGAUUGUCCAAGGAACCAUAAAGUGACCGCCUCACUACACUACACGGGGUUAUAGGCCAUUCUCACUGACAACAUUUUGGCUUGUCCAACAUUACAUUUGGGGGCAGCCUGGUUUCAGACCUAUGCAUAAUCACCCACAUCUGAUUUGCUCAGCUAUUCAAAAAGGAUUGGUUUCAUGUUUACUAUUCAUAGCGUUGUAGGAGGGAUUAUGAAUUGAGACAUAUAGCCUAUAUAGCUUAAUCUGUAAAAAAUGCCAACAUGAUGUAAGUGUAAGUAAUAACUCCCGCUGGGAAUCCACAUUAAAAGUGAGACGUAGCGUUCUGUAUGAUGAAUCCGCACCAACUCCACUCUCCACUUUUCCAUCUCCAUCCUCAGAAGCAGUUGUUCUGUCAACAGCACCUGAGGAGAUGAGAGGACACUGGCCAGACCAACUGUCCAGGCAGUCACACACGUGUGUCUCUGAAUCAGUGUGCAUUGACACAUGUGAAAAAAUGGAACAUUUCACAACAACAGUUCUCACAUUGCGCCUUUCAUAUAGAGCAGGUCUAGACUGUACGGUUUUGAUAUUAUUCACAAAGACCCAACAGUUCCCACCAUGAGCAAGCGCUUGCCGGCUUGCCUUUUAAGAGGCAGAAACCUCGAGCAGAACCAUGGCUCAAGGUGGGCAGCCAUCUGCCUCGACCAGUUGGGGUUGAGGGAGAGAGAGAGAGAGAGAGAGAGAGAGCCAUAGAGGGCUGGGGGGAUUGGGGAAAGCAGCCAACACAGUAUCCAGACUGAAAGUGAUGAAAUAAUUAUAGAAAUGAUAAUAAUAAUAACAAGUGGACUAGUAAUAAUACAACAAAGGGUGUUGAGCAGGAACACGGUAGCAGGUUCAAUUGAUAUUAGGGCUUUGUCACAAAACCAACUUUAGACGAUUAAGAAUUAAAAGGUAAUUUGUUUGAAUUUAUUUCUUGCAGAAUUUACUUGAUUCUGCCCAUCUGCACUGUCUCUGCUGCCUCACUGAGUGACACAGCUAGCAGGUGACUUCACAUUUAUUGUGCUAAUAUUACUGUAAGGCAGUCCGCAGUUAUCCACAGUUUUUACAUCUGUGGUGUCAAAUCCAGAAUUCUUCCUCGCAUUAUUUCUAAGGUGGUUUGGUAUCACGAUCAUCUGUUCAGCACUUCACUAGUUUCCUGCAAUUUGUGUUAGCAAAGAGCAACAACAAAUCAGUGUCACAGUGCAUUAACAAACGUUACUGUUGCACUUAUAGAAUGUGAAUUUGAAUUAAAUUCAGAUCAAAUAUUUAUUUUAUCCUAUAUUUAUCCUAUUUAUCCUAUCCUAUUAAACGGUACUUUCAAUUUCAAAUACAACCACCUUAAUCAGUUUAAUGCUUACUGGAAUCAUAGCUCCUGUGUAAACUAAAACUCACUACUGAUUGGUCAGGCCAAAAUGUCCACUUUGAGAAAGGCCUAUGUCACAGUGUUGAUCUCUCAGUUUAAACACACUUUGAAAAAAGUCCCUAAUCUCUUUGAAAAACAGAUACUGAACGCUGUCAAAAAUGAGAAAUCACUUUGGAAAGUCAGUGAUGCUGGUACACUGUGCGACCGUAAUGACGUCCACUCAGAGAAGUUACUUAAUAUUCAUUACAGGUGACUGUUAAAGGAAACAUGUAUCAAUGCCGCACUAACUUAAUGGGUCAAAAGAUUAGGUCAUUAAGGAAUCAAGGUGAUGAAAAACAAGUGGUUAUAAGCUAGCUUUCACUAAGCUUUAGCUCUUAAGCUAGUUAUUGUAAUUGCUAAAUGAAGGCCUAGGAGUGUGUAAUGUUUGAGUGACAAAGGAAACAGGAUGUUGACAAUGAGUCAUUUAGACAGAUGCUCACACAAUAUAAAAUAUAAUCUCUCAAUACUUAUCUGUACGGCAUUAAGGGCACACAAUCAUCAAUGCGUUGAUUAAAAAAUUUGUCAUCAAUCUGUUCAUUUCAACCAACAAAAUAUUUCACUGGAGAGUUCUGGUGUCAUGUGAUGGGAUAUGGUUUUUCAAAGGCUGUUCCACACCGACAAGAGUCCUGACAUGUAUAAAUAUAGAAAAUAAAGAAAUAAAAUAAUAAUUAAUACAGUACACAUAAAUCUUGCCAAAGUUAGUUCUUCCCACUAUACAUUACUUUUCAUUGAAGUUAAGCCAUUGUAUUUAUAUUUUACAGUUCUGAUUUGAAAGAGUGUAAUUUUCACAUGGAAGAGUCACAAUGUAAAUUGUAUUUGUACAAUGACAAUCAUGAUUAAUGAUAAACUCAAACAUUUAUUGAACAUUUGUUAGGAAAACUAUAUUGUUAUUAUUAUCAUUGUUUUAUUGUCCAGCCCUAAGUCAUCAGUAACUGAUAAACAUUAAUUUGGUGAGUUUGCCAAACUACUAGACAUCCUUUCUAUUGUGUAGUCAAUGUCCUCUCUACAUGCUGGUGUGGGUUUAACAGAUGAAGAACAUCACUAUAUAAUGCUAAUGCUUGAUGCAUAGAGAGUGGCCCGUGUCUUUAUUCUCUUCAGAAAGACAACACUCAUUUUCUUACUUAAAUUAACUCAGUGAUAGCAUCAUGGUGUUUUCAGACAUUUAGCUGUCCAAUGAAUGAGUUGGCAGUCAGUACAUAUGACUUCUUGUUUACUCCUCUUAGUUCAUGUGUAAUAAGUCAGUGAACAUGAAUGGGACCACAACUAAAAGACAACUAUUCUUCAUUUUCAUCUUGUGCGAAGCAAAUGAACCAAAUUACAGGUGUUAAACGGAUCAAACCUACACACAUAUUACAGAUGCCAUCACUUCUUUACUUCUUACUCGGUGAAAGUGAAAGUGAAAGUUCAACAGAGAUGAUCACUGGGAUCAAAUGAAGGACUGUUACAGGACACCAAAACUCUCCUUUCAAACACAAUUAUGCGAUUAUGUACACCACCGGGCACUAUCAACCUGCACUGAAAGCAAUAUAAGUCUGUUCACUAUUAUAGGACAUUUUACUAUAUGGUAUUGCAUAGGAAGGUGGAAGUAUGCUCAUGAUCAUUUUAUAUGUCAAUGUUCUCUACAAAUGCCACUUGAGAUGUAUAGGUGUUUAUAGUUGCUUAUACGGUAAAUAGCGUCCUACAACCACACACAGGAGGAACUCCAGUAUUGGGUCUGCAUUACUUCAUGGUGGACGUGUCAAUGCCCUCAGCUCUGCUUUCCCUCUCUCCACCUCUGUCUUCAAAACCAGCCGCAGGGAGAAACCUGUUAAUGAAGGUUGGUCCAUUACCAAGUUCACCUCCACCCUUACCAUGUCAUCUAUGUAGAUGUCUGCACAUCGCUGACAUGUCGCAAGGCCUGAAGUCAUGGGUGUGAAUGCAGCGCCUCAGUCAGUGUUUACCAAAUGUCAGUGUGUCUGUCUGCCCCACCACCUCCCUUCACCUCACCUUAAAUCAGUGGUGGAGUGUGUCCAACAGCAGCAACAACCCUGCUGGGCUUACUUCACUUUGCUGCACAGUACGCUGUAUCAGAAAAAACAUAGGCAACAACACCUGAGGCGACCUCAGUCCCUUUCAUUUUGACAGGUAAAAGGUUUGGAAUGCACAUGGGAGAGUGGGGUGAGAUGGGCCACAUAUUAGUGGAAUAUAUCUAGUCCUUAGAUAAAGGCUUGCUGCUGUCUAACACCCCAUUUACGCUUUUUAUGCGUCCGGUAGAUCAGAUAGCUAUCCAGUAUCAAGAACAUAGAGUAAAUGCAACCGAGAAACACCAAAAGACGCCAAAGUUGUUCAAACAAGAUCAGGACACAGUGUGAGAAGUUUUAUUGGUAAAUAUAUCUGUCUUGCCAAGUCACAUAGGUCAUAUCAUCAUAGCCUUUGCUAACUUGUAGCAGCUGAGAAAACAUCUGGUGUUUUGGUCUGGCUAUUUUCAAGCUCAGAAGAACUGAAGUGGCAUACAGAGUAGAGCAGGAUGUUCUGCUGACACAUUUAUUAGUAUUAUGCAACAGUCCUCCUAAGAAACACUCUGAAACCACAUUAGUUUAAUGUAAGUUACAACUCACCAUUAAAUCCGAAAGUCAUCACACGCUAUGAAACCGCAUUUUGGAUUUUGUCCCUCACAGUGUAGUCACGCCACAGUGGUUAGCAUUUCAUGGCCAGUUCUGACCGGUGGAAUAAUAACCAAUACAUCUUUAAACAUACAUAUGGGCAUAUCAAGGUCAAUUUGAAAAAUCCAAACAUGUCAUUAAAAAACACUGCCAACAUAUCCUAACAAAAUACUCAUAUACUCACGUUUGAGCAAAACAGCAUUGUGGGAGUUGUAGGAAGUUUCCAUUAUUGAUGAAUCCCUUCUUCCUAAAUCAGACUACAGUGGAAGUGAAGUGAACCCAGCUGGGAGAAAGACCCUUCCCACAUCUCCUCACUCUUAGCGCAGGGCUGUGCUAGCAUGUUCCUGUCCAUUACCCUGAUCUGUCAUUUCCACUGACCUUCCCCCCGGAACCCAGGAAACCCUGCUGCUUCACACUGUCAGCAUUUACAAAGACAAUAUUGUACCUUUCUGGCAGUAACAUUAUGCUUCACUUUCACCUUCGUCUACAUGGUGUGUUUUUGUUUAUUUUCUAUCUUUGGCUUAACAGAGAUCUUCUGUGGUAUUUGCUUUGUUUUAUUUUUCUUCUAUGUCUAGAUGCUGUAAGAAAAACGUAUAUAUUUGAUUUAAGAAAGCAAUGUGUUGGAUUUCGUUUUUUUUCUCUGUCUGAAGGUUUAUGUGUUACAAAAGAUUCCAAACAAAAACUCCUCGGUACAGAACUGCCUGAUCAAACUCGGCAGGGUUGUUUCAACUUAGACUUAGUGUUGACUGUUUUUUGACGUGGAAACUGUUACAUUUUGCUUGAUUAAAGAAAAAAAGUGUU